GUUUCGUAGAAUGGAAAACGCACGCGACCUGAAAAGCUGAAAAGACGCUCAGACUUCGACGCUGUCUCAGUCACGACACGACGUCGUCCAAAAUUAGAAAAUCGCGUCAAAUAUCUUUGUAAAUAAGAAGUGCGAAUUUCGCGGUGCUCUUGGUCGUCAAUCUGUGAUAUAUUGUUUAGUGUUUUUCUCCGUUAUGCCUUCUUUGUCGUCUCCCACACAGUCAAUGGACACCAUGUAUCCAGAACCAAUGUCUAGACUACAUAGAAGAGUUAUACCAAAGAAACGAAGAGGUGGUUCUUUCAGAUACAGAACACAACCUGUAACAUUCUCAGAAAUACAAGAAGUGGACGAGGAUAAUAUUGAAGACCCAACUCCUCAACCAUGUUGCUCCUCCAAGUCAGAGAUAGAACUUAACAUCCUAAACAAGAAAUUCGAAGAGUUCAAACGCGCAGUCGACCUUGGAAAGUUGGAAAAAUCUGACUUGGACGAUAGAAUAAGCGAAGCAGCCAAAAUCCUGACUAACACAAGACCAAAUGCAAAAUUGACGACUAGGACGUCAUUCUGAUAGAAUCAAGUUCAGUGUUUCAAUUUUGUAGGACGUCGAAGCAAUAAAUACACACUUAGAUAAUUCAUGGAUGAACAGAAAACAGCAUUUAUUAUAGUUUAUAUUGAAUUCUACAAUCGGUUAAGGAAUUGUUUAUGGUUGUCAGUUUGGUGUAGAGGUUUUAAAGAACUCAGCUACCAUGCAAACAUCUCCAGUAUCCAAGCCAUGCUAUCAGAGUGCCAGUAGAUUUGAAAUAGUGAUCCUUUUUAGUUGAUACUAAGAGAACAGUACCU